UCAGUGUCCAUAAAUCAUUCGAGUUUAUUGGUACCAAAAAUAACAAAUGAACACUGUUUGUUUCUUGUGAAACAAACUUCUUUUUAUUUUCAUGACCAUACUCAAUAAUUUUGUUGUUUCAGCCGCUGAUAUUUAACACGCUCCAUAAAUCAAACCAAUUUUGAUGUUUUAAGAAAACAUCGUUGAAAAAUCGCCGUCUAUUUCAAAACUGAACUCAAAAUCCACCAGCACACUGAAUCAUUUUUAAUGACGAAUUAUUACCUGUGGUCGAUUGAAGCUAGCCAUAAAAGCACAGUAAAACUGCAGAAAACUGAAUGACAAUCUGCAAACAAGGACUAUACUGCAGUUUGGAUUAAAUUAAGAACAUGAUUUCAUUUUUGGUCUAAUCGUUUUAAAAUCAGGGAUUAGUUUUAAUAAGAAAAGAAGACGCCACUUUAGUGAUUGCUUGCGUCAGAAGAGAAAUUUAGUUAUCAGUUUUCCAUACGUCAUUUUUAUCGUCUUCUUUAUUUUUUCACCACGAGAUGAGUUCACUCGAUGAAUCGAGUACAGAUUUGCACUUCGAUUCACAACAAACGCCAUUUAUUUCGAAGAAAUCAGCCAGCAGUUCCAAAGUAGAACCAACCGACAUUCUUUACAGCCUACUGUUUGCCACCACCGCUUUCUUCGCCGUCUUCCUCUCAACUGUAGUGUUCAUAGCCAUCGCAUUCUGGUGCGGCAGGAAGUUCUGUGAGGGUUUCUCUUCCCGCAAGAACAUCAACAAUGAGGAGGGUGGGGCCAAACUGAGUCGCCAGAGGUCAAUUGGCAGCGCGGGUGGGGGACAGGGUGGCGGGGGGAGUAAGAGGAAAUUCCUGACUCCCGCUUUCAGUGCUAGCAGAACAUCUACUUUGUAAUGUUGUUAAGCUUUGAUUCUGUGCGUGUUCAGGAGAUCGAAGAAAGAAU